AUGCCAUUGACCAAAUUCGUGGCCUCAAUCCUCCACAAGCUGAAUCAUUGGAGGUCACAAGCUCGUCUAGCCCUCCAUGCUGCCAAUGCAGAUAUCAUCCUCGACGAGAAUUUGCCUAACCCCCCUUCUUUCGAGGAACAUAAACACAAGGAUAUGGAGUACAUUUGGGAUACUACGCUUCGUUCAUGCUGGCCGACGAACGACGCUGCCAAAUUACAGCUCGUGAAGAAACCCCAGAGAGCCACCGGACAAGCUCCUGUGGAAGGUACUGGAGGCUGUGGGUCGAAGAAGAGGAAAAGUAUUGACGAGAGCGACCUCGAAAGCAAUGACGAGGAUCCCAAACCGAAGAAGGUGAAGAGCAUCACCUCGGAAGCACUUUCACACGGGCCCAAAGAACGCAAGUCGUCGAAGAAGAUGCCAUCCGUCGCAACGAGGAGGAGCACACGGUUACACAUGGGCAGCACUAACUGA